UUUUUACGAUGCGCGCUGACGAGCUUGUUAUCAACAGUCUCAACUCUCUAUAUCAAUGGCAAUCUCAAAACUUCAAUAUUCAGUCUCAUUUUGCCGGAGGAGAACCUCAAGUCAAGGACUCGGAGCUAAUAAGAUCUUCUGGUCUUUGGUAACUGUGGUCACCACCCUAAAUUCACGAGUUCGGCAGCUUUAGACUGGGAUCUUCAAGAUCAAGAACUGUGUACAUGGAAUAAUAUGUGUUGAUUGUCCAUUGUAGGCAGGUGGUAAGAGGUACAGCAGGAGACAGCGGGUAGCCAAAUGGGUCCGCUCUCACACUACCACUAAAUACCCCACACUUUCCUUCCAACCAUCCAUCUGACUGCACUGGGACACAACCCAUUAUCGAUGGCUGCAAAAGUAUCCAUAUCACCUACGCUUCCAGUGUCGAAACGAUUCGAUUCAGCGUCCGCAGACAUGACUUUGCAAUCUUCGGACAAUGUCAUUUUUAAGGUGCACCGACUCAACCUCGAAAUGCACUCCCAGGUAUUUGCUGAUGCAGGAGGAUCGACGGUGGGGACCGUCGAGAAUGAAAUCGUCUCGUUGUCAGAAACCUCAGAAGUACUCGAGCUUAUGUUGCAGUAUAUAUACCUGCAACCGCAGCCGGAUCUCCAGAAGGUCGAGUGGGAGGUCAUGAAGGAUCUAGCGGAAGCAGUCGAAAAGUAUGAAAUAUAUUCGGCCAUUGGCGUUUGUAGUCAGCGAAUGAGGGAGCGUCUGUACGAACAUCCUAUUGAUGUUCUCUUAUUCUCGGUACGACACAAAUACACUGGCAUGAUGAAUGAAAGUGCCGAGGCGACCUUGGACAUUCCUCCGUACACCAUGCUGAGUUGCGUACCUCCGAACGUCUUUGCCGCAUGGGUAUGUCAACUCUGCAUCUUCUCUGAUAUCAUUUCGUCUAUAAUGUCUGACGUUGGGCGUAUAGAUUGAAUAUCAACAGACUCAUCACGCUCUGUUGGCUAAAGAGUUUACUCGAUUUGGACCAUCUCGCCCCCACUGUGGUGUCUCUGCUUCUUGUCAAUUUUGGCAUGAACAUUAUGCUCUCAUCGCUGCAACGCUCGCCGGAGC